AUGAAAUUUAUUUACCACAAAGGUAAUUAUGGUCUUUGGGAUCAACUAUUAGCUGUUGAAUGGAUUUAUGAAAAUGCACAUUUAUUUGGUGGUGAUCGAGAUCGAAUAGUUCUAGCUGGUCAUUCAGCAGGUGCUGGAAAUGUUAUGUUAAUACCUGCAAGUCAUUAUUCUCGUGGUAUGAUACGACGUGUUAUAUCACAAUCGGGUACUGGUUUAGCACCAUGGAGUAUAAAUAAUAAUCCAAUGAAAUUACUUGAACGUUUUUCAGAGGAUAUUUGUUGUAAACGUCCAAAUGAUAAUGAAAUGCUUAAAUGCAUUUAUAAAUUAUUAGAAAAAAGUGAUCGAGAUAUUUAUCAGCUUCAUAUAAGUCUUAAUAUUGCUGAUGAUAAUCCAUAUCCCGUUAUUGAUAAUGAUUUUAUAAAUGAUACAAUUGAAAAUAUAUUACAAAGUGAUAUUUAUAAAAAUAUUGAUUUUUUAACAGGUGUUACAUUACAUGAAGGUCUUUAUUUUGCUGAAUAUCAUAUAAAAAAUUUUUAUAGUGAAUAUCCAAAUUCAUCAAAUUUAAUAAAUCAAUCUACUUCAAGUAAAAAAUGUCCAAAUAUUUAUUCAAAUUUAACUACAAUAAAAUCAUCGAAAGAAACGCCAACAAUAAAAAAAACAUCUCUACAUAAUAAACAAGAUGGUAUAAUGAAUUUUGAACGGCGAACAGAUAUUGAACAAACCUCAAGCAAUGAUUUAAAUGAAUAUCUUGAAAAUUUUGCUAAAUUAAAUUAUAUUGAAGAAUAUAUUGAUGCAAAUUUUCAACAUGGAAAAUGUUUUAUUGAUGAAGUCAAAAAGAAAUAUGAAUUACCAGCUCGACGUAAUACAACAUAUCGAUUAAAACUUUUUAUUGAUCUUGUUUCGGAUUUAAUGUUUAAUUUUCAUAUGGUUCGUUGUUUAAAUUUACUUUCUAAAGUAUCAAAUAGAAAUUCAUCAAGUUAUGCAUAUAUUUAUUCACAUCGGCCAACAUCGAAAGUACACAGUGGAUAUCGUGAUCAACUCAAAUUAUUACCACAAGCUAUUGGACAUUUCGCUGAAUUAGAUUAUAUUUUUGGUGUACCAUUAGCACGAAACUAUUCUCGUAUACAUCGAAAUGUGAAUAUGAAUUAUUAUAAUUAUACAAGUGAUGAAGAAAAUUUUAGUCGACAAUUAAUUCGUUAUUGGUCAAAUUUUAUUAAAACAGGAGAUCCAAAUAAAGGUUCAUCUUCUAUUGGUAAAUCUGUUGUUGAAUGGAAAUCAUAUACAAAAAAAGAACAUAAUUAUCUGAAUUUUGAUUUAAAUUCUAUUCAAAAUACAGUUAAUUAUUUUGAUGAAAUGUAUAAAUUUUGGCUUCACUGUUUUCAUAUUGAAUCAACGGGUGUUUGCCAAAAGAAUACAAUUAAAAUAUAUUUAAUAUUAUUUAUAAUUUUAUUAAUUUUUCUAUUAUUUCUUCUAAUGAUUUAUCUUCUUUGGAAAUAUUUUCAAAAGAAAAAACCAAGAGAUGUAUUUUCUCGUCGCUCACCAACAGCUUUACUCCCAUAUCCUAAUCAUGUAUCAGCAUAA